UUCCCGCUUUUCUCCCUUUUCCUUUUCCUUUCGUUUCCUCCCUCGCGACUUUCGCAAAUGCCGUCCGUCGACUCGUCCGCCGUCCGCGCGCCAACGUGACCGCGUACGACCGAGAAAAAAAAGAGGAAGUGCGUGCGUUCACCCACUCGCGUUCACCUGUGGUGCCGUGUCCCCGCAUAAACGACUCGACCCUGGAAGCAACGGAAGGAUAAAAAAUCAGCGUCGAAAAUCACUCGUCGCUCACGUUCGCACUGCCGCCUCGCGUGCCGCUUUCGCCGUGAGUUUUACGUACUGAUUUCGUCGGAUUCCACAAAUUCCACGGUGCAAUCUCUCCGUCGCUGAUACACCUACACGCAGUCAGAAUGUAUCGCGCGCUGCUCCUUCUCGCCUUCGUUUACGGGAGCAUCCACGGGAUGCAAUUCCACAACAAGGGGGACGUACCACGCCUGUACCACCCGCGUUUCCUGACGUACGAGGAGCCGUACAACAUCGAGUUCAAGUACCACAAUUACGAUCAGAUGAGCCGCUUUCUUCGCGCGACGUCCCUUCGAUUUCAAAAUCUCACCGCGCUGUACUCGAUAGGAAAGUCGGUGAAAGGUCGUGAUUUGUGGGUAAUGGUCGUGUCGUCCUCGCCUUACGAGCACAUGAUCGGGAAACCCGACGUAAAGUACAUCGCCAACAUACACGGAAACGAAGCUGUGGGACGCGAAUUAAUGCUACAUCUCAUUCAUUCUCUCGUGACUUCGUACGGAUCGGACGCGUACAUUACAUGGCUAUUGGAUAAUACAAGGAUUCAUAUUCUACCGUCGAUGAAUCCCGAUGGCUUUGAAGUCUCCAAAGAGGGACGCUGCGACGGUGGUCAAGGCAGGUAUAACGCGCGCGGCUUCGACCUGAACCGCAAUUUCCCGGACUACUUUAAGCAGAACAAUAAGAAGAGCCAGCCGGAGACCGAGGCCGUCAAGGAGUGGGUCUCGAAGAUACAGUUCGUGCUCUCGGGCAGCCUGCACGGCGGUGCGCUCGUGGCCAGCUACCCCUUCGACAACACCCCGAAUUCGCGAAUAUGUCGAUCGGCGCCGCUAUGUGCAGUGUUUCAGAGUUUCUCGUCGACGCCGAGCGUCUCGCCGGAUGACGACGUGUUUCAACAUUUAUCGUUGACGUACUCUCGAAACCACGGGUCUAUGUAUCAGGGAUUACCGUGCACGCCGUCUCAGCCCGCAUUUAAACGUGGAAUUACUAACGGCGCCGAGUGGUACCCGCUUACCGGCGGAAUGCAAGACUUCAACUACGUGUGGAACGGCUGCAUGGAGAUCACCUUGGAGCUCUCUUGCUGCAAAUAUCCCCCGGCCGCGGAUCUACCGCACUACUGGGCGGAGAAUCGGGCGUCUCUAAUCAAGUUUCUGGCGGAGGCUCACAGGGGUGUUCACGGUUUUGUCGUCGACGAAAACGGCAAUCCCAUCGAAAGGGCCUCCGUUAAGGUGAAAUCGCGAGAUGUCAGUUUCUCGACAACGAAAUAUGGCGAGUUUUGGAGAAUCCUCUUGCCUGGGGUUUACAAGUUGGAGGUAUUUUCCAACGGGUACGUACCUCGCGAAGUGGAAUUCGUAGUGAUCGAACAACAUCCGACGCUCCUCAAUGUUACCCUUUACUCGACGAAAAGGCAGUACGACGAGGAAAAUGGGUCUGUUUUAUAUAACGGAAACGUCGGCGGAAGGCCUUAUCCGCACCGUGAUCACACGUUACAUUAUCGGCCCCAAUCGGGAGCUAAUACCGCGGCCGACGCCAACAGCGGUAUCUUCUCGUCUAUCAGUAACGGAUUCAACAGCUUUGUGACCAAUCUCUUUGGAUAAUCUCGUGAAACGCAUAUACAUACAUACACACAGACACAUACGCACGCACACACAAAUACAAUUACUUAUUUAUUCUAUAUUAUCGUGUAAAAUAAAAUAAAGCUGUAAGUGUCUGUCCAUACUUUAUGGAUAAUCGGUGCAAGCAAAUCUUCAUCCGAUUAAUCGGCAAAGUAACUGCCAAAAAUGACCUACGUGGUCGCAUAUUAAGUUCAAUAUAAUUUCUAUAAAUUGACGUGCUCGUCAGGAAUGUAAAUUAAAAGGUGUACUUUUUAUUGUAUUUACAAAGAAACAGAAACACAACUAUUUUUAUUUCAUAUAGUCAGUAGUAUAUGAUAUAAUACCUACGAUAUCUGAAUGUUCCAUAGGAGAAAUAGUUAAUAUAAUCGUUAAUUGAUUCCCUCAUUCCGUUUUUGGUAAUAAACUUGUUAUUUAUUA